AGUCCGAUGUAAGCUGCAUAUCCCUCAUUAUUCUUAAAGAUGGACGCCCGCGAGUCAGAGAUUACACAAAAGAGGGAAGAUUGCAUAAGUAUCUGUUGUGCAGCGCGCGAGCGGAUCGUUUAUGUCAUUCUUAUUUAAACGCGGCCGGUUCUCCGCUUCGUCCGCAGUGCAUUUAAGCAGAGAAAACUUUUCUCCCGUUAGCAACAGCUUUCAAUUCCUUCUUCCCCUUCUCUCUUAUCAUUUAGAGUGUACAUACAUACUCCACUUCCUCCCUGUAUAUUGUGUGGGUUGUGAGACCGAGUACGCCCCCCGCCCUUCAUCAUGACUCCGACUCAUAUGCAAAAGGCUAAAGCUGUUCUGCAUUCAUCAUCUUUACCUUUUACCAGCGGCGCCCAUUCAUCCGUUAUUUUACGCCAAGCUGCUACCUUUCCUUCAUCAUCAAGAAGUGUAUCCUAUAAGAACAGCAACAGUCUCACCCGUCAAUCUCGCUCAUCUCCUUCCAACAUCGGGCAACCUUGGUCAUCAUCCUCUACAAUAACAAAGCGUACAUUCAUGACCUCUUCUUCAUCUUCCUACAAAAAGGUUCUAACCCUUGAUUCUAUCAAUCAAAAUGUUCGAAAUGUAGAAUAUGCCGUUCGAGGAGAAAUUUCAAAUCGUGCAAAUGCAUAUUCAAAUCAAUUAGCCGAAAAGAAAGGAAAACUUCCUUUUGAUUCUGUUGUUUCUGCAAAUAUCGGAAAUCCUCAACAACAACCACAUUUAGCUCAAAAGCCACUCACUUUUUGGAGACAAGUUGCUGCACUUACCGAAUAUCCAGAUUUGAUCGAAAGUCAAGAGGCAAACAAACUUUUCCCACAAGACGCAAAAGAUCGUGCGAAACAUAUCUUGGAAGAUGUUGGAAGUGUGGGCGCAUACUCUCAUUCAAAAGGUGCACAGAGCAUUCGCAAACAUGUUGCUCAAUUUAUAGAGGAAAGAGAUGGUUAUCCUUCUGAUCCGGAAAUGAUUUAUUUGACCGCAGGUGCUUCUGCCGGUGUGCAAUUGUUAUUGUCGGUUUUGAUCUCAAGUUCAAAAGUUGGAAUCAUGAUCCCAAUUCCACAAUACCCACUUUAUUCUGCCGCACUUUCUUAUUAUGACGCUCAACCGGUCAAGUACUUUUUGAAUAGUGAUGAUGAUUGGAGCGUGGACGUGAAACAGAUGGCCAAAGAAGUUGACGAUGCACGCGCAAAGGGAACAGACGUUCGUGCUUUGGUCGUGAUCAAUCCUGGAAAUCCAACUGGAAGUUGUUUAUCGGAGGAGAAUGUUCGUCAAAUCAUUCAAUUAGCACACGAAAAAAGCUUGAUCGUGAUGGCUGAUGAGGUUUACCAAACAAAUAUCUUUAAACCAAAAGAUCUUCCUUUCGUCAGUUUCAAAAAGGUUCUACGCGAUUUCAGCAAAAGCACAAAGAAGGAAGAACAAUCGAUCGCAGAUGAAGUGGAAUUGGUCAGCUUCCAUAGUAUCAGUAAAGGCGUUAGCGGAGAAUGCGGUAGACGAGGAGGUUAUUUCGAAUUGACAAAUAUUUCAACCGAUGUCGAAGCACAGAUAUACAAGAUGGCAAGUGUAAACCUUUGUCCUUCUAUUCAAGGUCAAAUUGGUGUAGACCUUUUGGUUCGUCCACCAAAGAAAGGUGAAGAAAGUUUUGAGCUUUAUCAAAAAGAGGUGGAUUCGAUCCAUCAAACCUUACUGGAACGUAGCCGAAAGAUGGCCGAUAAAUUCAAUCAAUUGGAAGGUAUUCAAUGCGGAGAAGCACAAGGUGCAUUGUAUCUUUUCCCAUCGAUCAAAUUACCACAAAAAGCAAUGGAAAAAGCAAAAGAAGAAAAACGCAAGCCAGACGAAUAUUAUUGUUUACGUUUAUUGGAUGCAACUGGAAUUUGUGUUGUUCCUGGUGGAGGAUUUGGUAAAGUGGCAAAAGAAGAUGGAACAAUCUUUUUGCGAACGACAAUCUUGGCAAAAGAAACAGAUGCAUUCGUUGACCGAUUUGGUAAAUUCCAUCAAGAAUUUUUGGAGGAAUUUGGCAAACCUUAGAAUGUUGAGCUUUAGACGUAUAUAGAAAGAGAAAAAACACUUGUAGAAUCACACAUCAGCGCAUAUGUUUUAUAUAUUUUCAAUCAAAUCAGAUCAAUUUAA